AUGAGCCAAACUGCCAUCAUAGAGAGAGCGGCGGGAUCGAUGAUGAAGCCCAUUCGAGUUGCUGUCAUCGGCGCAGGUGCUUCUGGUUUGGUCACAGCUAAGUACCUUCGUCAGGCUAAACAGUACUUCGGCAUACUUAAUAUCGAGGUCCGGAUCUUUGAGAGGGAAGACGGAGUGGGUGGUGUUUACAAGUAUAAGGUCUACGAAGAAGCCGAGAUGGUGUCGUCCAAGUAUCUCACGGCGUUCUCGGACUUUCGUGUGCCAAAAGACCUACCUGACUUUCUGCCGGUAGAGGAUUACGUUCGCUAA